CAAGUGAUUUUUUAAUUCACAUGAUAAUUAAUAGUCAUUUAAUAAUCAUUGUUUAUAUUUAAUUAAAUUAAAAUGAUUGGUAACCCAAAAGUUGAAUGUUCAAUAACAUCAUGGUAUUCGAAAUUUGAAAAAGAUUCAUUAGAAUCAACAAUAUUAUGUUUGCCAAAUGAUGUUAUAAAUUACAUUGAGAAUGACACUACAAUUGUUUUGCCGGUUGAAGCAAUAAAUCCAUCAGAAAAUAACACAGAAUGGGUUGAUGGAUCAGCUGUUGAUGAUGAUGAAUCAGAGGAUGAAAAGACACGUCCAACAUUUCCAGAGUUUAGCAAAAAAAUUCAAGAAGCUAUUGAUUUUUAUGAUGCUGUUUUUAUCAAAACAAAUUGGAGAACACCAUCUGAUGCAAUUUGGGUUGCACCAACAAAAACUCUUAAAUGUACAACACUAGAAGAAGUAUAUCUUUUUUUAAAAAGUUCAGACAGAGUGUCUGAUGACAUAAGUGCCAUUAGAAAUUUAAAUGAUGAUGAUAAUGAUGUACCACUUGAAUCAUGUUUAGUUAUUAAACAAUGGAGAGACAUUAAUCCAGGAAAUGAAUUUCGUUGUUUGGUCAUCAACAAGCAGCUUAUUGGAAUUUCUCAAAGAGAUCUUUCACAAUAUCACAAAUACAUGGAAACUGAAAAAUAUAAUAUUCAAACAGACAUAACAAGUUUUUUUAAUGAAAAAAUAAAAAAUAAAUUUGACUUAAAUACUUAUACAUUUGAUGUAAUAAGAUAUAAAAAAGAUAAAGUUAAAAUAAUUGACUUUGGUUUAAUUGAUGAAGGAACUGUUAAAAAAACAUUAUUUACCUUUGAUGAACUUGACAAGAUUGAAAAUCCACCUGAGCUACGUUUUAUUGGUGAAGAAAUGGGAAUACAACCAAAUACAAGUAAUCAUUUUUGUGCACCACAAGAAGUAAGAGAAUACCUCACUGCAUCUGCUAAUGAUUCAGUCAUUGAUUUUCUAAGAACGGAAGUUCAAAAUCAACGUAUCGAUGACUAAAAAAUAAUAAUGAAAUAUUUUGUACAUAUAUAAUGAUAAUUUUUAUUCAAUUUAUAAAUCAUUUUGUAAUAAAUUCCAAUUUUUUUACAACAAAAAAAUAAAAUAAAUCGAAAUAAAAAUUUGUGAGUUUUUUCGUUGUCGAAAUAAGUAUAUACUGCUAAAAUAAUAAUUUUUUUUCCAUCGAAAAUUUAAAAAAUUAUUAAACAAUUAAUUCACAUGAAACUUAAUAUUUUUACAAAA